UUCUCUCAACAACGAACGACGAAACGACGACGGGCGAACGAUAGCCGAUAGAUAGAUCCGAUCAUCGCCCGAACGAUCCCUCGAGCAAGGCACAUUUUUCGCUCUAACAAGUCCCCGGAGGAUCGGUUUAGAACGCAGCUAGCCGCAGUUUCCGGUUUCGACAAAACCUAGGUCGAAGCUUGGGAUUUCUGGCUUUAACGUCGACGUCGAGGAAAGGGGGAGUAGGGGGAAGAGGAGGGAGUUGUCGAGGCGAGUGUUGGCGAGGGAUCGACGGAACGGUUGAAUGGACACUCGCCUGUAACACAAUUACCGGGAUGUUAAUUUACCCAAUAAUCGCGGAAGCAACCCUCCCCCCGUCUAAAUGCCGGCACGCGCCACUUCCCCUUCCGUCGCCGCCUAAAAUAGAGAGGAUAUAUCCGGGGGAGGGGGAGGGGGUAUGGGAUCGAGGGGGGGGGGGGAGAAAUGCGGGGGUUUUACGGACGAUUGUCGACGUCGUUACGCGAACGUUUUGCCAAACAGGUCGGGCGGGAAAGGAAGCGUUUGGAAAAUGUUCGAGGAUGGAUCCAGGUUGAUAUAAUAAUAAUAAUAAUAAUAAUAAAGCAAACAUUGUUGUUGGAAUAAUAUAACCGAAUUGGAUAAUUCAUGGAAUCGAGAGAAGGAAGAUGGGGGGGGAGGUUAUGGUUUGUUUUGAAAUUAUAAGGAAUUAUAAGGAGGAGACGUUGGAGUAAUUUUUUGGAUGAUUGAGAAUGGAAGGGAAAGUAAAAUAUAAGGUUCGAGGAAUUAAAAAGGAAUCAUUUAGAUUUAUUUAUCGCGUGUAAAAAGGAGGAGGAGAUGUUGGAGAAAUUCGUUAAACUAUUCUAUUUCAGUUCAACGGCAAUUGGCGGUUAUGUCUGAUGGAUGGAAAAAUCGCAUUAGCGACUACGACGUAAUGCCAUAAUAACUCGAUCGAUCGAGAUGUACUCUUAGACUGCAAGAUACAAGGAGGAUGAUACAAGGAGGAGGAGAGCGUACAGAGAGCGUACCGUUUAUUUUGGACGCGCAUUCCAAAUAUAUAUACAUGGUGCUUCGCGUACACAUCGUCCAACGAGUAAAUCUAAUUUGAUACUCCCUCCUCCCCGAUACGCAUCCUCCAUCCUUUCAAGACUCAAUACAGACGUAUUGACUCGUGAAAAAAGCCUUUAUAUGCUUCAAUGCAGAUGGAGGAUCAAUACUUAUGAUAUAGGGAAAAGGAAAAAAAGAAAGAAAGAAAGAAAGAAAGGGAAAAAGCAAAAAGGAGGAAAGAAAGAGGAGAGAAGGGAGAGGAAAAGCGUGAUGAAACGCGGCAAACAGUGGACAAAUGAAAAAUGCCCUCUCUCUUUUUCUCCCUUUUCAUUCGGAGAAACUUUUUAAUAGAAAAAAUUAUUAGUUUUUCACGAAAAAGGCCUCCUACGGGCUCUUGGAAAAAUAAACAUUAAACACGGUUCACGAAUUUCAGAGAGAGAGAGAAAGAACGAGAGAGAGAGAGAGAGAGAGAGAGAAAACGUUGGAAAUUGUUCGAUAUCGCGUCUCCUCAUUCGCACGAUUCAUAAACCAAAUACCAUCUAUCGUAUAUUUCCAUUCCCCCAUAUCUCAUUCGAAAUGCAAUUAUUAAAUUUCGCAAAAUGAAAUUCUCUCGAAUAAAGAGAAGUGAGGGUGAAAUUAUAAAGGAAACCUCUUAAUGUCUUAAUCCUCGUAUUAAUACCUAAAAUCACGCACCCUGUUAUUCACCCUUGAUCAUCGAAAAAUCUCGAGUUUCAAUCGAAUUUUUAAAUCAUUUCACUCGACACGAUCGCGAUAUUGAUAUACACAAUUGAAAUUCAAGAAAAAAACGAACCUAACCUAACCUCCUAAGUCCGAUUCUCCCUUCGAAACGAUCUUCUCCCACGAUCUCUCCCCUAAAUCGAGACGAUCAAACGUAAAAAAAAAAGAAAGAAGAGGAAAGAAGAGGGAAGACAAGGGAGAAGGGAGAAAGAAAGGAGAGAAAAGAUAAAGGCGAAAGAAAUACAAUUUAAGCGGUAGGUAAAGUUACCUCAAAGGUGCACGCGUGAACAUCGUCAUCGCGCAGUCGAUGUGAAUGCACAACGACACGGGGGAACCACGAAUACAGAGAGCACCUCACCUUCCUCCUCCUCCUCCUCCUCCUCCUCCUCCUCCUCCACCCUUUCCCUUUCAGAUCCGGGGUUGCUCCGGGGUUGCAAGGGUGAGAGAUAGAGCGGCGUUGGCCUCGACGAGCGGCGCGUGUCCAUGGAAACGGCGCCGUUGGUACCGCCCCGCGUUCACCGCGGGGCCAACCGUGGCGACGACAGGCGCCGCGACGCCGACCAAUGCCUGGAUGUCGCCUCCAACCCUCCCCCCCUCGCGAUAUCCGCUUCCGAGCUUUACUUAUCUUGGCCAGUUAGAGCGGCUGAGGGUGGAGAUGAUCGCGGAGGGGGGUGAGGCAAGUUGAAUCGCCUUGAAUCGCGCACCGAUACUCCCUAAACGUCCACGUCGAGACGAGGCGACGCUCCGUCGUGCCUGCCUACCCAUCUAUCGUGCCUACCUCGAGCGAGACCACUUUUCUUUCCCGCAGAUUGGCGGACUACCUUUUUUUCAAUUCAAUUACAAUUCUCUUUCUUUCCUUUCCUCUUUCUUCCUUCCUUCCUUCCUUCCUUCCUUCCUUCCUUCCUUCUUUCCUUCCUCUUUUCUUCCCUCUCGCCUCCCCCUUGCCGACCUCCCUUCGCCCAAGGGAUCCGCGAUUCCGCCAAAAUUCCGCCACCUCCGGGAAAAAAGGGGGGCAACACAACCUCUCCCCUUUCGUGUGCGCGCGGACCGUGAAGUUUUUCUUUUAAGAUACGUGCGGAUACGCGAAGAAGAAAUUUGUGAUUUUGGAAAUUUUGUACGGGGGAGGGAGAAGGAGGCGUCGAAAGAUCGAUCUUCGAGAUCACGCGGGUUCGUCGUUGCGGGAAGGAAGGCGAAGUGAGAAGAGUUGUGUCGCGCGGAUGUGAAACUGGACGAGGCGAGGGCUUUUUUUUCUUCGAGGUGUGUUUCUCUUUUCCCCCGUUCACGAUUAUUCGUGAAGAUUUAUUCGCGAAGAAUAAGAAGAUCGGACGGGUGAGAGGUCGAGUGCAAUUGGAUGAAGAGAGAGGUAAUUAAUUGAUAGGUGGUUGUUGGACGUGCUAGAGAUUUAUAAGAUAUAUAUAUAUACGCAUAGAGUGCAAUUAAAAGAAAUUGGAACUUGUGGAGGAGUUUUUCGAGGUGCGCGUUUACCAAAGUUUAUUUCGAAGGAUAAAGCGAGAAGAAUUGAAAGAGGCGAGCUAUGUGAGAAAUUUUAAAGGGUUUCAAGAAUUCGUCCAUCCAAAGUGAACAAGAUGGAGAAAAAGAGAGAGUCGAGUGUUUAGAAAGAAUAAUCGGUUGUGUGAACUAUGUAAGGGUGCUGGAACGUAAUCAAAGGAUCGAGAAUAACAUAUUUUCGCGAAAGAGAAGAAGAUGCAGUCGACUUGCCAGCAGCAACAGGCCCAGCCAGGUCAGAACGGGACAUCAGCGAGCAGAACCUCGUUCUUGAUCGAAGACAUUUUGAGCCGUGGCACAGCACCCCCGCAUUCCCAUCACCAGCUUCACCACCAACACCUGACGUCCGCCCACGGGGUGCAGCAUCAACAAUACCAACAAUUCGCCAGCUUGUUGCCCGGUUACCCUUCCGCACCACCCACGGCCACUUUCUUCCUCGGACCGCUUUUCGGUAACACCGCAAUGGGGGUUGGAGUGGUGCCGGGAGUUACCGAACUCGCGGCCUUGAAGCACUGCCGCCGACGAAAGGCAAGAACAGUGUUCAGCGACCAACAAUUAGCGGGUUUGGAAGCUAGAUUCGAGGUGCAGAGGUAUCUGAGCACGCCUGAAAGGGUCGAGCUCGCGGCGGCUCUUCACCUCUCCGAGACCCAAGUGAAAACGUGGUUUCAAAACAGGCGGAUGAAGCAUAAGAAACAAUUGAGGAAAUUGAACACCAGCGCGGGAAGCAAUGGAAAUCAGAAUUCCAAUCAGCAGUGCACCGGCCAAUCGGUUUCCGUUACAUCACCCGCCGAACGGCCGGUGGAUUUUUCUCUGAGCGGCGGCCGAGAAUCGCGGGCGAGCAGUGACGCGCCAGUGGAUUCGGACGACGACGAAAUCGAUGUGCUGGGUGACGAGACGCCAUCACCUACGCGAACGACCAACAUCCACGUUUCCAGACGCACCACCGGUUCACCGACCGGUUUUCAUCAGCUCACUUAUCGCCAUUCCGUCACUUUGUCUCAUCAACCGACCCAACAACCCAUUCAACGUGCUCAACAUCGCUGAAACGAGAUGGCGGAAGGAUGGUGGUGGUGAUGAUGAUGAUGAUGAUGUCGCACAGGAGGUGGAAGAGAGGAGACUCGAAAGUGUUAUGAUUAUGCGAAUCUUGUCUAGUUGGAUUCGUCGUUCUUCGUGCAAUCGCUGUUUUUAAACGAGUUUUCGAACGACAGAUCUGUGUCCGUUUAUUACGAGAAAUAGUGCAAUUCGACGUGGAAACGGUGCGGUUUGACUCUUUUUGUAAAUUUUGUUUUCGUAAGAUUCGUUAUUUUAUUUAUUUAUUUAUUUAUUUAUUUAUUUAUUUAUUUUGAGAGAUGUAAUUGUGAGACGAACCAAGUUAAAGAAUGUAAUAAAACUGUGGAGAAUUAUCUCGUAAAAUGACACUUCAUAGUGAGUUCUAUGUUUAAUAAGAUAGGAUAACAAGGGGAGAAACGUUUCUCCUUUCGAGAAAUCUUUGAUCGACGAGGGAUUGACGAGCAAGAUUUGGUGCGAGGUAAAGAAGAGUUUGUGAUCGCGAGGAUAUCGUAAUGUACGGGUCAGGUGUGAAGCUGUGUAAGAUGAAAAAGUUGGUAGAAAGAAAAGAAGAAGAAAAAAAAAAAGGAAAAGGAAGGGAGAAAGAAAGGACAAGAACUCGAAAGGCGAGACGAUGUAGAAAGUGUAAACGACUUGUAAAUGACUCUCUCUAGUGAUUUAGAGUCUAGUCGAUCUCUUGCGACACUUUUUAUAGCGAGAUGCCGUAAUAAAACUAGUCUGUUUUCGAGUUACUUUUUAUAGCGAAGUAGAAAGUUAGC